CCGGCGGGCUUCCCCGAGGGCGGCGCGCGGCUGGGACCCGCCGGACCCCCGGCUGGCGGCGGCGGCGGCGGCGGGGCGCGGAGCCGAGGAGGCUGAGCCGGCGCUCUCCGGGAGGAUGGAGGCGGCCGUGGAGUGCAGCCUCCCGGAGCCGGGCAGCCAGGACUCCCGGGCCGGCGACGACAUCGAGAUCGUCGUCAACGUGGGGGGCGUGCGGCAGGUGCUGUACGGGGACCUCCUGAGCCAGUACCCGGAGACCCGGCUGGCCGAGCUCAUGGGCUGCUUGGCGGGGGGCUACGACACCAUCUUCUCCCUGUGCGACGACUACGACCCCGGGAAGCGCGAGUUCUACUUCGACAGGGACCCGGACGCCUUCAAGUGUGUCAUCGAGGUGUACUACUUCGGCGAGGUCCACAUGAAGAAGGGCAUCUGCCCCAUCUGCUUUAAGAACGAGAUGGACUUCUGGAAGGUGGACCUUAAGUUUCUGGACGACUGCUGCAAGAGCCACCUGAGCGAGAAGCGCGAGGAGCUGGAGGAGAUCGCGCGCCGCGUGCAGCUCAUCCUGGACGACCUGGGCGUGGACUCGGCCGAGGGCCGCUGGCGGCGCUGCCAGAAGUGCGUGUGGAAGUUUCUGGAGAAGCCCGAGUCGUCGUGCCCGGCGCGCGUGGUGGCCGUGCUGUCCUUCCUGCUCAUCCUCAUCUCGUCAGUGGUCAUGUGCAUGGGCACCAUCCCCGAGCUGCAGGUGCUGGACGCCGACGGCAACCGCGUGGAGCACCCGACGCUGGAGAACGUGGAGACGGCGUGCAUCGGCUGGUUCACGCUGGAGUACCUGCUGCGCCUCUUCUCCUCGCCCAACAAGUUGCACUUCGCGCUGUCCUUCAUGAACAUCGUGGACGUGCUGGCCAUCCUGCCCUUCUACGUGAGCCUCACACUCACACACCUGGGCGCGCGCAUGAUGGAGCUGACCAAUGUGCAGCAGGCGGUCCAGGCCCUGCGGAUCAUGCGCAUCGCGCGCAUCUUCAAGCUGGCACGCCACUCGUCCGGCCUGCAGACCCUCACCUACGCGCUCAAGCGCAGCUUCAAGGAGCUGGGGCUGCUGCUCAUGUAUCUGGCCGUGGGCAUCUUUGUCUUCUCCGCCCUGGGCUACACCAUGGAGCAGAGCCACCCCGAGACCCUGUUCAAGAGCAUCCCCCAGUCCUUCUGGUGGGCCAUCAUCACCAUGACCACCGUGGGCUACGGUGACAUCUACCCCAAGACCACUCUGGGCAAGCUCAAUGCAGCCAUCAGCUUCUUGUGUGGGGUCAUAGCCAUCGCCCUGCCCAUCCACCCCAUCAUCAACAACUUCGUCAGGUACUACAACAAGCAGCGGGUCCUGGAGACAGCCGCCAAGCACGAGCUGGAGCUGAUGGAGCUCAACUCCAGCGGUGCGGGCGAGGGCAAAGUGGGGUGCUCCCGCAGCGACCUGGACAGCCUGCCGCCGGAGCCCGCCGGGGAGGAGGGGCCGAGCUGGAGCAGCCGGCUGAAGAUCUCCCACAGCGACACCUUCAUCCCUCUCCUGACCGAGGAGAAGCACCAUAGGACCCGGCUGCAGAGUUGCAAGUGACCAGGGUCCUCCGGGCACAGACUUGGCCAGUGGACGGAGGGACGGGUGUGACGGGCCUGCCAGUGACUUCCUGGGAGGGGCUGUCCUUUGUCCCCUCAAUCGUCUCCUGAACAGAACUCUGAAGGCCCCCUCGGGCACCUCUGGUGAGGCUGGGUAAGACCCCCUUUAAGUUGCCGGCUCUCAGGAGCCUGUUGGGGAAAGAGGGGUGUCCAGGAGUCACGGGCAGUAUGGGGUGAUGGAGGCCAUGGUCUGGCUGAUGGCUGGUUCUGUAUCUCCUUCAAUAAAGCCUCCUGCUCUGUGCACCCCCCUGCGUUGGAGGUUCUG